GACACACUGAACUCAAUAGGCGUGGUCUUCAACUCAGGAACACUUCAGUAGGAAAUAAAAUCAGUACAGCAAUGUCCCAAGAGAGAAGGAACAUCGCUAGGGAAGCCAAGCGUGACUCCUCUGCCAUGAAAGCCACCGCUGUCCUCACGAUGUUUUUCCUACCGAGCACAUGUUUCGCCGCCUCUAUCGCAAUGCCACUCUCGCAAUUGGAGCUCAACCUCUAUUGUGACGGGCAAAUCCUGGGUCUACUGGGCUGUGACCAUCCUAGCUACGAUUCUGGAACUUGUGGUGUGGAUACUUUGGCAUGUGUUUGAUGAGUGGAAGUCUGAUCCUGAGGAAGGGGACUGUUUUCCGCGACCUUUGUGCUUGGAUUCGCUCUGACCCAGUUCAGAAAGACAAAAAGACGAAUCUUGAAAGCGGAAGGAAUUCAUGAGCCUUCUUGAAGGUUGUGUGUGUAUUGGACCAAAUACAAAAAAUUGCCAAGCCAGUAUAAAAGUCUUGUGCAAUUUCAAGCGGCCAGUGCCUGGUGGGCAUUGGCCUUUCGGACCGAAACAAACUUGGCCGGAAUCGGAAUGUUGCGAGAUGAGCCGUGGCGGAAGGGCCUUUGUUUAAUGUACAAACCCGAGAAUCAGCUUGUAGUUAUUAUGACAACACAACAAUGUUAUGGUUUUAUGCAUGGUGCAUUAGAUUGGGUGUUGCCUUUGGUAAAUAGUUAGUGCGUAAUGACGCGUAGGGAGGUAAUUAACUUAGUAAUAAAAAAU